AUGCCUUUACCACUCUAUUUCACUCCAGCUAAUAGCGGGAUUUCUGAACAGUCAUGCGACAGUGAAGAAUACGUCCGUGACAAAAAAAUAUCUCUUGACAAAAUUAACUCUGCUGACGAGGCAUUGGCAAAAAUCCACGACAGUGGAUUUUUCAACCAGUCUGUCUACUCGUUUGUUGUCCUUACCUCGGUGGAUCAUGCCAUUGCAAUUGAUCUUUUAGAACUCAUUGACGCAGAGUACCCCCGUGUUCGGAAAGGAUUGUUCUCCCGGAGGAAAGUUAUAACAUUGAAAAUGCUAACUUAUACCCACGGAGCCCCGCAUGCGUGGUUUGGUCAACAGCUGACCCGUUGGCAACUUAACGGUCAACUCACUCCUGCUGAACACCUCAACGUUAUGGUAACAGCAAGCCCGCGAGUUACUGCUAGCAACCCUCCAUACACCGGCGAUCAAAAGGAACCCGAUACUUUCAUCUCCUACCUCGGAAGUCCCACCUUACAUGAGCCAAGGAUCGUCAUUGAGGUUGGCUUCAGUCAGACAUAUGUAAGCCUCGUUAAUGAUGCGAAAUUUUGGUUAGAAGGAGUGGGGGCGAACGUGCGCAAGGUUCUUCUUGUGAAAUUUUUCCAGCGUAGACAUGGUGUUGCGGGAACAACCGAAUUUUCCCGGUUCAUGGGCCGUUAG